CGCCACCAUUGCUUUGUUGUAGUUUGUAAACUUCAGAUUUGUUUGUAUCCACAGGUUCAAAUUUUUUGAACGUUUUCGUUGAUUUGUGCAGUUAAUAUCCAAAAGGCGAGACACCAGGAACUUUAGGUCGCACCGACAUCCCGACUGAGAUGGAGACGGCACGAGGGAAGCGGCGCCUGAACGCCGAAAGCGAGAUGAUCAGACGCAGAGAGAAGGAGUUCCAGCACGACCAAAUGUGGGGCGGCGCCUCCAAGUACUACGACCACUUCAACCAGGUGAACACCAAGUUCGAGGACUGGACUUCCCCUCGCUACUACACCGAAAGCAUGAAGCAGUACGAGGAGCUGAAAUCUAGGCGGGAAAAGGAGAAGCACCUGGACAAACGCAGGGAGGCCCUGCAGAAGUUAUACGAGGAGGAGGCCAGGUCGUUCGAAAUAGAGAUGAUGGUGCAGAAGAACAAGCCACCCAGCCCCAUCAGGAGCAAGGCGGACGACAUCCCGUUGGAGCUCCUCCAAAACGUCCACGACUCCUUCAAGCAAGCCGAGGAGAAUAAACGCAAACAGGAGGCUGAAAGCAAGCUCUACCAGCAGUGGCGCAUGAACAACCCCGUCGUAAGAAGCUACGAAAGAGCCUACAACAACAGGAACGUCAAACUCUCCUGGCUGGACCAACAAAUCGAAAAACGCAUGCGCCAAGAAAAGGAAGAGGAGGAAGCCAAAAGGAUACUCAAGGAACGCGAGGAGAACAUCCAAAAGCAGAAGGAACUCGAGGAGCAACGCAAACGUGAGACGGAAGAGAAAAACCGGAUGUACAAGGAAAUGCUGGACAUCCAAGUCGAUGAACUCAAGAAGAAGCAAGCCUGCGCCGAAGAACUGAAGCGCCUUGAACAAAAGGAGACCAAGAGGAAGCUGUGUCUGGCUGAAAUAGCUGCACAACAGCAGCAGGAGGAGCGCAGACGCAUGGAGAGGGAGGUAGCCCUGUUCAACAUAAGGCAGCACAAGCUCAAGUUAAAGCAAAAAGCCAAAGACAUCCAAGAGAACCUUGCCAUGGAAAAGGACAUGAUUCAAAGGCUCCAACAGUUGGAGUACGAGAAGUUAAUUGAGGACGAGAGGAAACGCUGCGAAGUCAGGGAGAGCUUCGAGAAGUACAUGAAGCUAGUGAAGGUGCAACAAGAACUAGAAAGGGACCGGGAAAGAACUCUAGACUUCAUAUUCGACUCCGAGGCGAAGGGCAUGUUUGAUCGCCAGUCGGAAAUAUGGCGGAACGAAGAGGAAGCCCGGCAAGGGCUUCUGAAGGAAGUGUUGGCCACUUUGAAGGAGCAAGUCGAAGCUAAUAUCAGGAGGAACAGGGAAUAUCAGGCUGAACUGCUGAAGGAACGCGAGGAGAACACGAUGAGGAUCGAGAUGUACAAUGAGGAGCUGGAAAGACUGAAAGAGGAAGACGAGAAGAAGAAGGCGAACAGACGACAGGAAUUGGACGAGUCAGUUAAAGUAAAACAAGCUAGGAAGGUUGCUCAAGAUGGUAUCAAGCUAAAGGAGCUGGACGACGAGUUAGAUAGGAUUAGAAAGGAGGAAGAAAGGCUCAAGAGGGAGAUUAUGAACAUUCAAAAGAGGCAAGGCAACGUAAGGCCCACUUCUACUACCAGAUUGUUCUAUUGAAAAUGUUUAUUGUUAGAUUUUAGACUGUAAUGUAUACGCUUCAAAGAGUUUUAAAUAAAUAUAUUUUUAGUA